ACGUUCAUUUUGCGGAAAAAACGUCAAUGAACGUUCAAUUUGUGAAAAAAACGUCACUAGACGUUCGUUUCGUGAAAAAUAUGUCUUCAGAUGUUCAUUUCGCGGAAAAACGUCUUUAGAGGGAUGGAGGAAU